CUUCGAGCUGCAAACUGCAAACGGCACCAUCUCACAACUUUUCCACUUUCCAACACCCACGCACUCCUCGUCGACUUACCAACGAGCCACGGCCUCGAGUACGACGACCUCGAGUACAAAGAUCUCGAAGAAUUCGAGUAUUCCGCGACCAACGAGAGGCAAACGAACAGCCUCACAACCCUCCCAUUAUUCCGAAAGAAUUACAAACGACAGCAUCAGAUCCAGCAUGGCUUCGGCUGCACCGGCUGAACCAGCACAUGACGGCGGCGGAGCCCCAGAUCACGCACCUUCAGGGCCCCGAGGUGAAGGCCACCGAGGCAGAGGACGCGGGCGUGGGAAGGGACGCGGCAGAGGGAGGGGUCGAGGAGGGGGAGGAGGAGGGGGGCAACACCACAACACACAGAACCCGCCACCGCCAUCACAACCCAACGCCGACGAGCCCAAGCCACCACAGGCAGGCAAGAUCCCGAACUUCAAGGUUAAGAAUGACACCCAGGACGAGGGGGGCGACGAGGACGUGGAGGUCUGCUUCAUCUGCGCCAAUCCCAUCAUCCACCACUCGGUCGCGCCCUGCAACCACAUUACGUGCCACUUGUGCGCCCUGCGCCUGAGAGCGCUGUAUAAAACCAAGGACUGCCCUCAUUGUCGGACACCCGCCCCGUUUGUUAUCUUCACCGAUGACGGACAGAAGCGCUUCGAGGAGUACACCGACUCCGAGAUCACCAGCGCCGACAACAACAUCGGAAUUCGGUAUGCCGGCGAGGACAUCGUGGGCGAUACCGUGCUGCUGCUCCGCUACAACUGCCCCGAUGCCGAGUGCGACUUUGCCGGCCUCGGCUGGCAGGACCUGCACCGCCACGUCAAGAGCGAGCACCACAAGAAGAUGUGCGACUUGUGCACCCGCAACAAACAGGUGUUCACCCACGAGCACGAGAUGUUCGCCGACAAGCAGCUCACCGAGCACAUGCGCCACGGCGACGACAAGCCCGGCGCCGUCGACCAGACGGGUUUUAGGGGACACCCGCUGUGCGGUUUCUGCGGCGCCCGCUUCUACGACAGCGACAAGUUGUACGAGCACUGCCGGGACAAACACGAGCGGUGCUUUAUUUGUGACCGCCGGGACUCGCGUCAGCCGCACUACUACCAGGACUACAGGGCGCUCGAGGACCACUUCAAGAAGGAGCACUUCAUGUGCGCGGACCGCGAGUGCCUCGAGAAGAAGUUUGUCGUGUUCGAGUCCGAGAUGGACCUGAAGGCCCACCAGCUUAGCGAGCAUGGGGGCUCGUUCGCCAAGGGAAGGGACGCCAGGACGGUGGACUUGUCCAACUUUGACUUGAGGCAGAGGUACGAACAGGACAGGAGGGGAGGUGGCAAUGUAAGGGAGCAGCGACGGCGCGGUCCAGAUCCCAAUGCGGAACCUCUACCUGUCAGCUCGGCGCAGCCGCUGAGGCGAGACGAACUCGCUUUCCAGCGACAGAUGGCGCUCCAGACGGGGCCAACCCGACCUGCACCCGGCCCCUCGCGGGCAACCCCCAACGCGGCGCCAUCCCGAAUCCCGGCCGGCCAACCCAUCAUCGACGCCAUGGAAAACCUCAGCAUCACCGACCUCUCCACCCUCACCCCGGAGCAGCGCGCCAGCCUCACCCGGCACGGCGCCGUCAUCGAGCGCGCCGCCAACCUGCUCGGCAACGACAGCACCAAGAUGGCCACCUUCCGCACGCACAUCUCGACCUACAACCGCGGCUCCAUGACGCCCGAGCAGCUCAUCGCCGCCUUCUUCUCUCUCUUCUCGGAAACCUCCUCCACCGCGCUCGGCACGCUCGUCCGCGAGGUCGCCGACCUCUUCGACGACAAGACGAAAGCCGAAGCCCUCCGCCGCGCCUGGCACAACUGGCGCGCCAUCAACGAGGACUACCCGUCCCUGCCCUCCCUCGACGGCAUGCACGGCGCGACCACCGCCACCACCGGCUGGGCCGCCGCCGCGUCCGCCAGCCGCAACACCGCUCCCAGUAACAACAACAACAACAACAACAACCAGGCCGCCGCCCAGGCCGCCGCAGCCCACCUCCGCCACUCCACGCGCGUGCUCAAGCUCAAGAAUAGCACCCGCCGCGGAAGCGUCGGGUCGGUCAUGUCCGCCGCGUCGGGAGCUUCUUCCUCUACGCCGGCUACGCCCAACCCUUCCUCUGUCAUUUCCCCACCCUCGCGGUCGCUGGCUUCGGCUUCGGCUUUCCCUGCCUUGCCGGGGAGGGCGCAGGGGGGGCAGGCGAGCAGCCCGCAGCCGAGUUGGAUUGGGGGGUCGGCGCCGGCUUUGCCAAGGCAGAUGCCGCCUUCUGUUUCUUCUGUUUCUUUUUCUUCUGGGGGGGGAGGUGGUGGUGGUGGUAAUGGAGGGGGGAGGAGAGGUGGCGGUGGUGGUGGGAGGGGGACGGCGGGGGAGGACGCGUUCCCUGCGCUGCCGGCGGCGCCGAAACCGCAGACGACGCUGUUUGGGUAUGGGCGCGGGGCGGUGAGGCGGGAUUUCGGGUUUGCGAGGGCCGGGGAGGGGACGGGGUUUAGUUGGGGUGGGGGGGGUGGAGGGAAUGGGAGUGGUGAUGGACAGAAUGCGGAGGGAGGACAGGAGGGUGAUGGGGCGCAAGGGGCGCAAGGGGGUGGUGCUGGUACUGGUGGGGGUGGCGGGAAGAAGAAGAAUAAGAAGCAGGUUUUGGUGCAGUGGGGGUAGGCCUCUGGUUUGGUAGCCUGGGGAAAGUCACCGUAGGGGGUAUGAGGUUGGUGCGUGGGGAGGGCAUCAAGCUAGUGGCGUCGGAUGUGAAUGAGUAUGAGAUUAUGAGCGAGUUUGGCCCAUGGUGGUGAAAAUAUGGGGAUUAAAUGUGGGAUAGACACUUUUAUGUAAUCAAAACGGUGUCUCAUUCUUUUGGCAGUAUCGGGUUGCCGCCAGCUGGCCCCGUCAGCGAGCAGUUUGCGCUGGCCUCCUGCGUUUAUACCACCCGUUCUGGGUAUUGGUCGCUCUCUAAAGAUCCCACAAGUCUGUCCUACACUUAAAGUGCACGGCGUCAGUGGCGAUUCGUCUUCCAAUCGUCGGGGUAUCCCGGCGGUACUGC